AGGAGAAAGAGCUGAUGUUAAGAAGCCUGAAGAUAAUUUAAGACCAGAAGGACUGUUCGAGGGUCGACCUAAAGACGACUUCAUGCCUAAAAUAGCGGAGAGGCCAGAAGUAAGGAAACCUCAAGAUAAUUUAAGACCGGAAGGACCGUUCGAGGGUCGACCUAAAGACGACUUCAUGCCGAAAACAGCGGAGAGGCCAGAAGGUCGACCUAAGGACGACUUCAUGCCGAAAACAGCGGAGAGGCCAGAAGUAAGAAAGCCUCAAGAUAAUUUGAGACCAGAAGGACCGUUCGAAGGACGUCCCAAGGACGAUUUCACGCCGAAACGAGGCGAGAGGCCAGAGGUUAGACGGCCCGAGGAUAAUCUAAGACCGGAGGGACCGUUCGAGGCGAGGCCUAAGGACGAUUAUAAACCAACGAGAGGAGAAAGGGCUGAUGUUAAACGUCCCGAAGACAAUCUGAGACCGGAAGGGCCGUUCGAGGGUCGACCUAAGGACGACUUCAUGCCGAAAACAGCGGAGAGGCCGGAAGUAAGGAAGCCUCAGGACAAUUUGAAACCGGAAGGACCGUUCGAGGGCCGACCGAAAGACGACUUCUCGCCGAAGAGGGCCGAACGUCCAGAAGUGAAAAAGCCGCAGGACAAUUUGAGACCAGAGGGUCCCUUCGAGGCUCGUCCAAAGGACGAUUUCACACCGAAAACGGCUGAACGUCCCGAGGCCAAAAGACCGCAGGACAAUCUUCGACCUGAAGGACAGUUCGAAGACCGUCCCAGGGAUGAAUACACGCCCGGUGAGAAACGUACGCCGAUCAGACAUUCGGAUAAUUUGUAUCUCGAAGGAGAGUUCGAGAGGCCGAGGCACGUGCCCUACGGGCCCGGCGAACGAGCGCCGAUCGUGCGACAUCCGGAUAAUCUGUUCCCCGAAGGCGACUUCCCAGAUAGGGAACGUGCUCCAUUUACGCCAGCAGAGCGCAGAACGCCCAUCAAACACGACGACAACCUCCGUCCUGAGGGACCUUUCGAGGGUAGGCCCAAGGAUGAUUACAAGCCAACGAGAGGCGAGCGCGCAGACGUGAAACGUCCCGAGGACAACUUGAAACCCGAGGGACCGUUCGAGGGAAGGCCCAAGGAUGAUUUCUCGCCGAAAAUCGCCGAACGUCCGGAAGUCAAGAAACCGCAGGAUAAUCUGAGACCGGAAGGACCGUUCGAAGGUCGUCCAAAGGACGAUUUUUCGCCGAAGGUAGCCGAGCGUCCCGAGGUUCGAAGGCCGCAGGACAAUCUGUAUCCUGAAGGCGAAUUCGACGUGCCGGAGAAGCCGGCGUUUGGUCCGGCAGAGAGGCGUACACCGAUCAAACAUCCGGACAACCUCAGGUCCGAGGGAGAGCUCGUUAUCAGGCCCAAGGAUGACUUCAGCCCCGGCAAAGGAGACAGAGCUGUUGUAAAGAGGCCCGAGGACAAUUUGAGACCGGAAGGGCCGUUCGAGGGCAGGCCCAAGGACGAUUAUCAGCCGUUUGUCCGCGGUGAACGGGUGGACGUUGUCAAACGCAUUGACAACCUUCGAAUGGAAGGCGACAUCGAGACUUACAGGUCGAGGGACGAGUAUACGGACUUCCUGGUUCGCGAGAGAGCAGAGGUGACGAGGUAUCAGGAUAAUUUGCGGAUGGAGGGCGAGUUCAUCGACGCUCGAACCAGGGACGAUUUCAAGGUGGUGAGAGGCGAGAGGGUGGACAUCGUGAGGCACCCGGACAACCUGCGGCCGGAAGGUCCGUUCGAGGCUCGCCCGAAGGACGACUACUCUCCCAAGAAGGCAGAACGGCCGGAAGUGAAGAGGCCAGAGGACAAUCUCAAGCCGGAGGGAGACUUUGUCGGUCGACCGAAAGAGGAAGCGCCGCGGAAGGGCGAAAGAGCAGAUGUGAAAAGGCCGAAAGACAAUUUGUAUCUCGAGGGAGAGUUCGAGGUUCCUGAGAAGAAGCCUGUUGGACCGGCUGAAAGAAGAACGCCGAUCAAACACGCGGAUAAUCUACGCACGGAGGGUGAUUUCGAGCGGCCGCAGCCCGAGGAAUACAGGCCUGCCGAGAGACCAGUCGCGAAGAGGCCUCAGGACAACUUGAGACCCGAGGGCGAGUUUGUCGGGCGGCCGAGGGAGGAGACGCCGACGAAAGGGGAGAGAGCUGACGUUAAGAGGCCGGAGGACAAUCUGAAACCGGAGGGCGCUUUCGAGAGACCCGAGAAGAAACCUCUGGGACCGGCGGAGAAACGCACUCCCAUAAAGCAUCCGGACAACUUGAAGCCUGAAGGUGACUUUAUCGGCAGGCCGAGGGAGGAAGCGCCUAAACGCGGAGAACGGGCUGACGUUAAGAGGCCGCGGGACAAUUUGUACCCGGAAGGUCAGUUCGCCAAGCCGGAGAAGUCUCCGGUGAAACCUGCCGAGAAGAGGACUCCCAUCAAGCAUCCCGACAACUUGAAACUGGAAGGAGACUUCGUUGGAAGACCGAAGGACGAUUAUAAGCCGACCAGAGGGGAACGCGCCGACGUGAGGAAACCCGAGGACAAUCUCAAGCCUGAAGGGCCGUUCGAGGGCCGUCCCAAGGACGACUUCGUCCCUGUCCGCGGCGAACGGGCGGACGUAGUCAAACGCACUGACAACUUGCGAAUGGAAGGGAGCAUGGAGACUUACAGAUCGAGGGAUGAGUACGCGGAGUUUUUAAUCCGCGAGAGAGCAGAGAUCACAAAGUACGAGGACAACCUGCGCAUGGAGGGCGAGUUCACCGAUGUCCGGACGAGAGACGACUUCAAGGUGGUGAAGGGGGAGCGCGUGGACGUGGUGAAACAUCCGGACAAUCUGAAGCCGGAAGGUCCGUUCGACGCCCGGCCGAAAGACGACUACUCGCCCAAGAAGGCGGAGAGGCCAGAGAUGAGGAAACCAAAGGACAAUCUGAGAACCGAGGGAGAAUUCGAGAAGCCCGAGAAGAAACCCGUCGGCCCGGCGGAGAGACGUUCGCCGAUAAAACACGACGACAACCUGAAGCCCGAGGGCGAGUUUGUCGGUCGUCCGAAGGAGCAGGCGCCAACGAAGGGCGAGAGAGCCGACGUGAAGAAGCCGAAGGACAACCUGAAGCAAGAGGGCAAUUUCGAGAGGCCCGAGAAGAAACCGGUGGGCCCUGCCGAGAAGAGGACCCCGAUCAAACAUCCGGACAACUUGAAGCCUGAAGGUGACUUUGUCGGCAGGCCGAAGGAGGAGGCGCCUAAACGCGGAGAACGGGCUGACGUUAAGAGGCCGCGGGACAAUUUGUACCCGGAAGGUCAGUUCGCCAAGCCGGAGAAGUCUCCGGUGAAACCUGCCGAGAAGAGGACUCCCAUCAAGCAUCCCGACAACUUGAAACUGGAAGGAGACUUCGUUGGAAGACCGAAGGACGAUUAUAAGCCGACCAGAGGGGAACGCGCCGACGUGAAGAGACCCGAGGACAACCUGAGACCGGAGGGUGAAUUCAUCGGGAAGCCGAAGGACGAUUACAAGCCGACUAAAGGCGAGAGAACGGAGAUAGUCGUCCACAGAGAUAACCUGAGGAUGGAGGGCGACAUCGACGUGCAUCAUCGUUCGAGAGACGAUUACAAGACGAUCGUCAAGAUCGAAAGAGCGGACGUGGUUCGCCGGGAGGACAAUCUGCGGAUGGAGGGUGAGUUCGUCGACGUUCGAAGACGAGACGACUACAGCGUGACGCGCGGAGAGCGCAGCGAGAUUGUCAGACACGAGGAUAAUCUGAGGCCGGAGGGAGAGUUUGAGAGGCCGGAGACGUCCCCCGUUGGUGGCCCGGCCGAGAGAAGAACUCCGAUCAAACAUCCGGACAACCUGAAGCCCGAGGGUCAGUUCGCUCAGCGACCCAAAGUUCCUGUGCCGACCAAGGGUGAGAGAGCCCCGACCAAGAAGCCGAGAGACAACCUGAAAUCGGAGGGGGACUUUGAGAGGCCCGAGAAGUCGCCCGUUGGUCCCGCGGAGAGAAGAACGCCAAUCAGACAUCCCGACAACUUGCACCUGGAGGGAGAAUUCACCGGAAGACCGAGGCAAGACGCGCCGACUAAGGGAGAACGAGCCGACGUGAGGAAACCGAAGGACAACUUGCACCCUGAGGGCGAGUUCGCCAAGCGAACGCCUCAGAAGGUCGGCCCGGCUGAGAGGCGCGCUCCGAUUCGCCACGAGGACAACCUCCAUCUCGAGGGAGACUUCUACGUGGUGCCGAAAGACGAUUUCACGCCGAAGAGGGGCGAACGAGCGCCGGUUAAAAAGCCUCAGGACAAUCUGAGGCCAGAGGGUGAGAUGGAGGUCAGUCCGUCCUCCAAGGACGAUUACAGGCACGUGAACGGAGAACGAGUGGAGGUUCGUCGACACGAGGAUCACCUGCGAAUGGAGGGGGAGAUGGACGUUCGCAGGUCCAGAGACGAUUACAAGAAGAUCACGAAAGUGGAGAGGACGAGCGUACGCAGGCACGAGGACAAUCUGAAGCUCGAGGGUGAGUUCAUAGAUGUGCGCAGGAAAGACGACUACGUGCGCGUGGUUGGCGAAUGUGCGCCUGUCAAGAAGCACCCUGACAACCUUCGUACCGAGGGGGAGUUCGAGAGACCGCGGAAGUCUCCUCUGGGACCAGGCGAAAGACGCUCGCCCAUUAAACACCCUGACAAUCUGAAGCCGGAGGGAGAGUUCGAGCGUAGAACGCCGGAGAAGCUUGGCCCCGUGGAGCGUAGAUCACCGAUUCGUCAGGUGGACAAUCUCAGACCCGAGGGGGACUUCGUUGGAAGGCCUCGCGACGAUUUCACGCCGAAGAGAGGAGAAAGGGCGGAGGUAGUCCGCCGGGAGGAUAAUCUGAGGAUGACCGGCGAAUUCCAGGACACGACCUCGCAGAGAUCAACGUACACGGUGGUUCGCGGGGAACGCGCGGAGAUCAAGCGCCACGAGGACAACUUGAAAGUGAGCACCGGCGCCAUGGAAACGAAGACAACGUCCAGAGACACGUUCACGCCGACCAGGAAGGAAGACUCUCCGACUGGCAGAGCCGUGAGUCGCCGACACCACAUGGAGUCUUCGAUCACGUUGGGUGACGACGUCUCCACCAUGUCCACGACUACUCAGAGGAAUUACAACACCUUCACCAAACGCACUGCCAAGGAGGUGGCUGCCAAGAUGAGCAGCCUGGAGAUGGAUACUAGGAAAGAUGAGUCGAGGGCUUCGGAGAACGGGAUGACGAUCACGAAGAAAACGACCGGGGAGAGGACGUUCUCGUCGGCUGAUACUCCGCAGCAAGACUCUAGAAAAUCGUUGACGACUGUAAUCUCGGGUAAUCAGCAGUACGUAGCGGCGAGCGAGCAUCAUCAAAGGGCGCGUUCCAGCGAGAGACAUUUGAGAUCGCAGAACGUGACUCAAACGCGACGUAUCGUCGACGAUAGCAGUCACCGAGGCCUCGUGGUCGAUGGAAGGCAACAGGUUGAAAAGCACCAGCAAGAGACGAGCAGAAGGGACUACGUGAACACUCAACACAUCGAGUCUCGACAGCAGAGCGCAACACAGAGACACAAGCAACACCACGAAGAGCGCAGCACCGUCUCCAGCCAAGCUCGCUACAAUUCCAGUCAGGCGAGCAGCGCGGAGUUCAGGCAAGCGAUCAGCGGCGAUCAGUCUACGGAGAGAUUGCACGUGGACGCUGCUCUGACGAAGACCAGCCACCACAGGAAGAACGUAAUCUCCUCCUCGUCGGCGGACGUUACCAACUCGGUUCUCCACAGGCGCAGAACCACAUCCUCCACGGAGGCGCUCCACACGAUAUCGUCGACGGCCGCCGAUCAGAAGAAGAGCAUCUCGAACCUGGCCGAGAGCGGCCAGUACAUCAGCAACUCGAGCCAGAGCAGCGACCGGCGCAGCCUCACCUCUUUACACCGCAGCGCCAAAGAUGGUAAUCCUUGGGCUUCUUCCACCUACGAACGUCCCCAAAGAAUCGUCCGGCAGGACAAUCUGACGGUCGGUGGCAAGUUCUACUCGCACAGCGAGGCGAAGAACUACGGGAACUUCGUGAGUCAGAGGGUGGAGAGAGUUCAGAGACAGGCGAACGUGUCGCACAUCAGUCUAGGCGACGGGACCACCGUCACCUCGAGCAUGUACAAGAAGGAGUACGCGCCCAGGCACAGAGGCCCUUGUCCUGCCGCGCUCAUCGAGGCGAAACAAGCGCCUUUCAAGCACACCAGAGACACACCGAAGCACAAGUUCUAUAUGCCCGUCGUUUCCAAU